CAUUAAUCGACUUCUGUCUGACAGAAAAAAAAAUCAUUUCAGAUUAAAUUGACAAAUAUUUACUUUUCAUUUAAAUAAUUCCUAAUAUUUAAUAUUUUAAAAUGAUGAUCGUCAAAGAGUUUUUUUGCUUUCAACUUGAAACUGGAGGAAAAAUAAUAGGAUGGUAAGUAAUAUUGAAUAACUCGUGUUCAAAAAAAUCAAUUUUGUGAAAUUUUAGGUUUGCGAUGAUUCUGUUUGCGCUUUUCAUACCAAUAAGCCUAAUUGCAAUCGCAAUCACACUAUUAAUUCCAUGCAGUCAACAGAUUAGAAUACAAUUAGAUGGUGCAUUUUUAAAUAACUUUGGACUAGGUUUUCAAUUAAAUGAUUGUCAGAGCAUUGCUUUAGAAAUUCUGUUGAUGAGCUCAAUUUUACUCCUUUUAUCAAUUGGAUGUUUCUUUGUUUAUUUACAACUCCUGAGAGGAAUUUCCAGUCGAACGCACGAGCAAAUCCUUCCUGCUCUUAUUUUAGAAAUUUUUUCAUUAACAUUGCUAGUUUUUGGCGAGCUUUUGUCAUUCGAUAUUGAAGGACUUUUAGAAGCAAUUAUAACUGGAUGCAUAUCAUUUUAUGUCUGCAUAGUUUUGUAUUCAUUAUAUGUCAGAUUUAGAGAUGAAAAGAUUGAAGCUAAUGUGAAAGUAAUGUACAGUAAGCCUGAGGGAAUAUCAGAAGAUCUGCUCUUGGUUUAGAUGAAUUAUAAAAAAUCAAUACAAACAAUUUCAAAAAAAUCGAGAAGCUUAAUGAUUUAAUAUUCUCAAAAUUCUCAUUUUUUAAACUCGUGUCUUAAUCAACUAUCUCACAAGAUGUCAACGAAUGAGCAUGAAAUUCUCUAGAUUAAUAAAACAUUUAAAAUCAC